ACAAAAUUUCCUUAGAGUUUAGAUUUCUAUUGAAAAGACCAAAGGCCUUCAAAAAUUGACAUGAACGCUGCGAACCGUUGUGAUAUCGGUGUUCGAGAGUCGAUCGAUGCAACACAUGUACACCCAACCACGAGUACUUUCCGGCCAAAUGGAGCUCGACUAGAAAUUCUUCAGAAAUGCCGACAGCUAUCAGACGAUAUAUAUUUUGGUCAGUCAAGGAGAAAAAAACUACACCCGUGCAUAAUCCGGGUCCCCCGUCCCGCUCUGGUAUUGCAGUUUAUUGUUGCGGUGAAAGACAAAGAUACUGGAGAAAUUUGGGACUGCCUUGCCUCUCCAGACUUUAAGGAUAUAUACCUCACUAGAGAUAGAAGGUUCAAAAUUGUGCCGGAGGUGGAGCCUUACGCUUGGAUGCUCGCAACCAACACUGAUUGUAGAAAUAAACAGCUUCCUUCGUACGCCAGCAGCUUAGUGUUUAUGUUGCCUGUCAAAAAUGAAACACCCAUCAGCUACACGAUUAGGAUCAAACUUUACGAGAAGAUAACAGAAUAUGAAGAUAUAGAGUUGGACAUGAUUCAAUUUACUAUCAAGUCACAUGAGAGGGACACAAAUCUAUGGGAUUAUCAAAGUGGAAGAACUGUAACUGAAGUAGAGAAACCUCUGCAUCGAAUAAAAAUGUCAGGAGUUUUGUCAAAGCAAAGCGGAAGGACAGUAGUAAUGCACUUUCAAAAACUUGGUGAUAACGGUCAGUACAAUCAGUUUCUGAUAGAUAAACAGAAGCUUACCGACCGUGUCGGUGGGAUUGUGAGGUACCAAGACCUUUACUUAGCUGUUUGCCUAGAGGAAGCCAUAAUGCAGUUCGCUCAGAACAACAUGGAUGACUGUUUAGCCAUUUGCCGAGAUGUUGCUGCACGUGCCAAUCGUCUUAACUCAGGAAAUUGGCCUUUCCUACUGACGAAAGCAUUUUACAUCAUCUCUGCCAUACAUAGACAGGCGGAAUAUUUUGACCUUUCCGCAGAAUACAUGGAAAAUUCUACGGAGUGCUUGGAAGUUGCUUGCGUGGGUGAAGAGACCGCUGUCAACAAGUACAACAAAGCAGCGUUGAUCCAAGCCAAAUCAGCUGCCAUUGGAAUAACACCCGAAGAAGAUCGAGAAAUCGAAGAGAUUUUCGAAGAUGUAAAGAUCAUCUGGGCACAACAGCAAGAGAACCAUAGCAUGCGCUGCAUCAAUAGAAUGAGCAUCAGAAUGAUUAAUCAUUAUUUAAGUUCUGUCCGUCAAAAGUUCCCAGAUCCAGGAAAGGACGUUUCUGGUGUAAAUAUUGCUAAAGCAGACCGUGUUAUCAAGGAAGUGGAGAAUAGGUUGCUUCCUCAUUGCACAAAGAGAUUCAAAGCAAAUUUUCUUCUUGCAAAGUCAGAUUCCUCCAUUCGCAAGGCAUUGCAACGGGAUAGAGAAUUUACAGAAGAAGAGAGAGUAAUAUACUUGAGGGAAGCUGUGGACGUUCUUGACCAAGCAGAAGAAAUCUCCCAAGACCUUAAAAUGCGAAACGAAAUACAGGGAAUAAAUGACAGAAGGCAGAAGAUUGAAAAUCUUCUUUAUCGAGGCUUCUGGCUCACACCAAGACCGGGGCAAGUGCAGCUGCAGCGAAUACCUGAAGAGAGGAACACAGAUAAUAUAGAUGAUUUACUGGACAAUUUGCUUCUAGACGGAGAAGGGGGCAACAGACGAUGAGGAAAUCGAUCCGUUUGGUAAAAAGACGAGAACUAAAAAGAAAAACGCUUUGAGAUUUGAAUCCUUGCUCCUUACCGCAGUUGUUUGCAGCCAUAAUAAAUGAACGUUGGCUUCUUUUAGGUUUGGUAGGAAUUUCUAGAUAAGAAAAAAUUGUCAGUGAAAAAAAAAUCUUAGUCAGAAACCAUGCAACCUUGUACCAGCCAAAAUCUUAGUCACAAACCCUGCUACCUAGUAGCAGCCAACCUCGCUCUCUCAUCUACCUAACCACUGGAAGAGGAGAGAUACUGGAGAGAAGCAAGAAGAAAUCCACAGCCUUUAGACUUGAAUUAAAAGCUCUACGGAAGAGUGAUAUCAUGUGAUAUAUCUCACAAAUAUCCAAAGAGAGGGCAUUGGUCAUCGAAUUUUCUUAUCAAGAGUCACACCAAGUAAACACAACAGGAUAAAUACGUAGUAUAUAUUGGCGACGUGAUAUCUUGCAAAGCCAAUGACCUAUACUAUAUAGAUAAUGUAUAAAAACUCAUUUAACGUUAAAUUAAAGCCUACCUAUUCUAUGAAAGGAAAUAUUUAUUUUUCUCAGCUUAUUUCUAAAAAGAGUCCCAUUCGGUCUGUAAUCACGAGAGUGAUAACAAAAGCGGACGAACGCGCAGCGGAGUCCAAUUUGUUCACCACCAGUAUGAUCAAAGACCGAAUUGGACGACACAAGGUCUUAUCACCAACUGAUCAUAAAAAUCACAAUUUACUAGAAAAGAAUGGCCAGGUUAAGAAAGAAAGAGAAAUUUGUAUUUCAAAGAAACCAAGCUUGUGAUUGUUUGAUUUCAGCCUCAACUUUCGAUGCGAUUGUUUGAUUUAAACUACAACUUUGAAUGUGAUUGGUUCAUUUAACUUUGCAAUAACAAACUAUCUGAUAACACUUGGCAAAUAA